AUGGAAACCGAAGAUAUAAUCAAAGAGCUAGCAGAGUCGUAUCCCUCCGUUCCCAAGGAUACACUUCUAGAACUCUUACUUGUUUGUAAUGGCUCAAAAUCGUCUACUGAGUCGCUCAUCAUUGAUUCUCUUGGGCUACCCCCCAAAAAAAGGAAACUUGAUAAACCGAAAUACCAGUCGUCAAUAUCAGGACUCUUUCAAAACCUGAAGCGAGGGAAACCUUCAACUACCAUUCAACAUGCUGUAAGGCCAUUCACCAAUCCUGGCAGUAUUCGCCAACGUACUCAGGUAAUACAACUAUUCGAUCCCGAUGACGUCAGUGAGCAUUUGGCACCAUACGCAUCACUUCAUCGAUCUUUCUUACCAACUGAAUUGUCAAAUAACCUCUUAAGACAUUUAAUGUCCCAGACUCUGAAAUUAUCAGAGAACGAGUUUUAUCUCUUUGGACAGUUAUGUAAAUCCGAUCAUGCUACUGGCGUUUUCCUGGAUAAGAAAGUAAAUGGGAAAUCAUCUUCUGAGUAUGUAUACAAUGGGCAAAAGGUGGGGCAUCACAACUAUACAGAUUUGAUAAAGGAAGUUUCAAAAUUAGCAGAGACAUUCGUAAAUGAAAAGGUAAUACCUCAUCAAAAAGCAUUACCGUUUCAACAAGUUGAUCUGGAUCGAAAGUGGAAAGGAGAACGCUGUGUGGUGAAUUACUACGAAAAUGGAGCGAGCCAUUUAGACUGGCAUUCGGAUAGGCUAUCACACAUUGGACCCCACAAUUUUGUUAUUUCGAUCUCUCUUGGAGCAACAAGAGAAUUUAGACUUCGUAGGAACUAUAACAAUAGAGCCCAGACAGAAGCUGAAGAAAAAAUGCCCACAACUAUUUACUCGAUACUGCUUCCCCAUAAUAGCAUGUUGAUUAUGCAUCCCGGUUGCCAAGAGGAAUUCAAACACUGUGUACAAGCAUUGAAUAGACCUUUUGAAAAUAAUCCAAUCUCGGGAUCUGCUCGAUUCAAUUUGACUUUCAGAUAUUUCCCACCAUACUUUUAUGACAACUGCCCAAAAUGCAACUGCGGCAUGCUGAUGACACUUAGAAGAUCAUUUAAAGAAGUGAAAUCUAGAGGAAGAUAUUUCUGGACUUGUGAGAAUACUUACCAGAAUAAACCUUGUGGAACGUUCCAUUGGGCCGAUUUCAAUAACGCCGAUGGCCACUGGGUUUACGACGAAAACCUUGAUGGUGGAAAGGUUUCUGAGUGGUUUGCUCCUGAUGAUUUGCCGAAGAUUAAAAUGAAGGAGAAAGAAAGGGCAGAAAAGGGUUUUAGCGUGGGUUCAACCGAUUUACUUGGAGUAGAUGAUAUAUAUCAGUAA